AGACUGCUUCUUUAUUCAUUCCUAACCUUUACCUUGGCAGAUGAAAUAUAAGAUUCAUCAACCACAUUUGACAGCCCAUGGCAGGUUUCCUGUUUUCCAUCGUCCCUCUGCAGGUCACAGACACACAGAGCCCAGCCGUGGCAGGCUCAGCCAGGGUCCGGGGCUGCUAACAACGGCUACGUUCCUCCCCCAGCCAAGGGAAAUCCUGAGCGCAGGCCAGGGUUGUUUGGUUUUGAGGUGUGCUGGGAUGAAAGGCACCCCGGAAGUGGAAGGUUCGGUCAUUCAUUAAUUAAUUAUAUCUAUAAUUGAGGGUUUGUUCUUAAGAGCGAGUCCUUUGAAAGUACUUUCCUUCAAACAGUGACUGCCACAAAGGCAUCAGAUAUUCACCACCUUCUCGGCUGCCUCAGCACAGCAAGCUUUAUUCUGGGACCCGAGAUCCUGUUCUGAGCUGGCUUUCCCUUCUCCAGGCUCGCUCACCCUCCCUUUAGAGGUGGGGCUUAUUGGGGGUGGAAAAAGGUGUGUGUAUCUCUGUUGUUUAAUGUCUGGUUUUUUGUUGCUGUUGUUGUUGUUUGGUUUUGGUUUUGGUUUUUGGUUUUUUUUAAGGAAAUCUAUACUACAUCGAAUAUGCUUUCUUUUGGGUGGACUUUAACCUAACCCUUUCCAGGUAAAUGAACAAUGGAAAAACUUCACGGCAAGAUUAGAAAGAUACCUGAGCCUAAUACCCGCCUGAUGUCGUGGGCCACACCUCCGGGUUACCAGGGGAAGGGAGGAAGCAAACUGUCAUAUUGAUGUGGCUCUAAACAACAACAGUGUGCGAAGGCCCAGGGGCACUUUGGGAUUGACCAAGAGGAAACACAAGUUGCACAAUGAUACGAUCUUGUUGGUACAAUUGUCAGAGAAGGGAACUCCCACAGCAAAGGCCAUAAAACCAUCCAGGGCAGUCUGGGGCGGCUCAGUUCUGCGGUGCCAGGGAGUGGAGCAGAGCUCAGCCCCGUCCCAAACACAGAUGGGACCAUGAACUCCGGACACAGCUUCAGCCAGACCCCCUCGGCCUCCUUCCAUGGCGCCGGAGGUGGCUGGGGCCGGCCCAGGAGCUUCCCCAGGGCUCCCACCGUCCAUGGCGGUGCGGGGGGAGCCCGCAUCUCCCUGUCCUUCACCACGCGGAGCUGCCCACCCGCUGGAGGGUCUUGGGGUUCUGGAAGAAGCAGCCCCCUCCUAGGCGGAAAUGGGAAGGCCACCAUGCAGAAUCUCAACGACCGCCUGGCCUCCUACCUGGAGAAGGUUCGCGCCCUGGAGGAGGCCAACAUGAAGCUGGAAAGCCGCAUCCUGAAAUGGCACCAGCAGAGAGAUCCUGGCAGUAAGAAAGAUUAUUCCCAGUAUGAGGAAAACAUCACACACCUGCAGGAGCAGGCAUCCUGCUGGAUAUUUAAUACACAUGUCAACACUAUCCAAGAGUCUUCUGCAAUGAUGGAAAUGUUCCAUAUUAUUUUAUUUGAUUCUGCAAGAACCCUGUAAGGAAAUGGAAGCUUGGAAAAAAAGUGAAAUAGCCAUCCAAAGCCAUCAGCAAGAAGCAGAGAUAGUGGAUGGUAAGAUGACCAAUGCUCAGAUUAUUCUUCUCAUUGACAAUGCCAGGAUGGCAGUGGAUGACUUCAACCUCAAGUAUGAAAAUGAACACUCCUUUAAGAAAGACUUGGAAAUUGAAGUCGAGGGCCUCCGAAGGACCUUAGACAACCUGACCAUUGUCACAACAGACCUAGAACAGGAGGUGGAAGGAAUGAGGAAAGAGCUCAUUCUCAUGAAGAAGCACCAUGAGCAGGAAAUGGAGAAGCAUCAUGUGCCAAGUGACUUCAAUGUCAAUGUGAAGGUGGAUACAGGUCCCAGGGAAGAUCUGAUUAAGGUCCUGGAGGAUAUGAGACAAGAAUAUGAGCUUAUAAUAAAGAAGAAGCAUCGAGACUUGGACACUUGGUAUAAAGAACAGUCUGCAGCCAUGUCCCAGGAGGCAGCCAGUCCAGCCACUGUGCAGAGCAGACAAGGUGACAUCCACGAACUGAAGUGCACAUUCCAGGCCCUGGAGAUUGACCUGCAGGCACAGUACAGCACGAAAUCUGCUUUGGAAAACAUGUUAUCCGAGACCCAGUCUCGGUACUCCUGCAAGCUCCAGGACAUGCAAGAGAUCAUCUCCCACUAUGAGGAGGAACUGAUGCAGCUACGCCACGAACUGGAGCGGCAGAACAACGAAUACCAAGUGCUGCUGGGCAUCAAAACCCACCUGGAGAAGGAAAUCACCACGUACCGACGGCUCCUGGAGGGAGAGAGUGAAGGGACACGGGAAGAAUCAAAGUCGAGCAUGAAAGUGUCUGCAACUCCAAAGAUCAAGGCCAUAACCCAGGAGACCAUCAACGGAAGAUUAGUUCUUUGUCAAGUGAAUGAAAUCCAAAAGCACGCAUGAGAACAAUGAAAGUUUCCGCCUGUUGUAAAAUCUAUUUUCCCCCAAGGAAAGUCCUUGCGCAGACACCAGUGAGUGAGUUCUAAAAGAUACCCUUGGAAUUAUCAGACUCAGAAACUUUUAUUUUUUUUUCUGUAACAGUCUCACCAGACUUCUCAUAAUGCUCUUAAUAUAUUGCACUUUUCUAAUCAAAGUGCGAGUUUAUGAGGGUAAAGCUCUACUUUCCUACUGCAGCCUUCAGAGUCUCAUCAUUUUGCAUCUAUUUUGUAGCCAAUAAAACUCCACACUAG